UCUUCUUCUUCUUCUUCUUCUUCUUCUUCGCUCUCUCUCGCUCUAAAUUCCCCAACUUUUCUGCAGAACGGAGGAGAGUAGUGCUGUGGUUUUUGUAGCGGAUUGAGUGUAAUUGAGAGUAGACACUAAGGCGAAAGAAUCAGCGUUCUUGUACCGGAUUCUGAUUCCUGAGUUUCCAGAUGACGAAGAAAUAUCGGAAUGGGGAAAUCUGGGAAUUCGAGCGAGAAAUGUCCGGCAGAACAGGCGGAGGAGGAGGAGGUGGAGGAGUUGGAGGUGUGAUUCUUGGAAUUGAUGGAGGAACAACCUCCACCAUCUGCGUUUGUGUUCCCCUUUUACCACUUCAGCAGUCUCUUCAUCUUCCUGAUCCUCUUCCUCUUCUCGCCCGAGUCGAAGCCGGCUGCUCCAACCAUAACAGCGUUGGCGAAACUGCUGCAAGGGAAACGUUGGAGCAAGUUAUGGCUGAGGCUCUUUCAAGAUCAGGUUCAGAUCGGUCUGCAGUUCAAGCUAUUUGUUUAUCUGUUUCUGGUGUAAACCAUCCAACGGACCAGCAAAGGAUUUUGAAUUGGCUCAGAGAUAUGUUUCCUAGCCAUGUCAAACUCUAUGUUCGAAAUGAUGCUGCGGCUGCUCUUGCAAGUGGUACCAUGGGAAGGCUUAGUGGUUGUGUUCUAAUUGCCGGCACUGGUAGUAUUGCUUUUGGAUUUACUGAUGAUGGAAGAGAAGCUCGAGCAGCUGGUGCAGGACCAAUCUUAGGCGACUGGGGAAGUGGGUAUGGCAUAUCAGCGCAGGCUUUAACUGCAAUUAUAAGAGCGCAUGAUGGUCGUGGUCCUCAAACAAAGCUCACAAAUAGCAUUCUUCAGACUCUUGGUCUUUCUUCUGCUGAUGAACUCAUUGGGUGGACCUACGCAGAUUCAUCUUGGGCUCGAAUUGCUGCCCUUGUUCCUGCUGUUGUGUCAUGUGCAGAAUCAGGGGACGAAGUUGCAAACAACAUCUUGCAAGAUGCAGUUAAGGAAUUGGCUUUAAGCGUGAAUGCCGUUGUUCAAAGACUCGGAUUGUCUGGUUCAGAUGGAAAGGGCUCUUUCCCCCUUGUCAUGGUUGGUGGAGUUAUUGAAGGAAAUAAAGGAUGGGGUAUAGCGCAAGAAGUUAUAAACUGCAUUUCCAAGGACUACCCUGGGGUAGUUCCCAUUUGGCCUAAGGUGGAGCCUGCAAUUGGGGCUGCAUUGUUAGCCUGGAAUUUCUUGAAAGAUUCCCAUCAAGAAUAAGGCUUUUAAAAAAGUGACCGACAAAUAUUCGUAAGUUGUCAUGAAUUGUACAGAAGCAAAAAUUCUGAAGGGGGCAAUGAGCUAUUUAAGUUCUCGGUAUUAAUAUAGGCAAUUUACUAACGUAUAUUGCGUCAUUUUAUUUAAUAAUCAUUGGGUGAUUGAAGAAAUAAAUGCUGUAUCUGCCACUUGACAGAGGAUGUGUUCAAAGUGAUGUUAAAACAUCAAUGCAUGAUUUUAGUGCAUUUGCUGCAAUGUCUGUGUUACUAUCAACUUGAAAGCAAUUCUUUGGCUCAAGUACUUGAGCUCUUUAUUUUGGUUCUUUGUUC